GUUUGGGCCGAACUUCCGGUGUUUUCAGUUUUUUCUUGCUGUUGGGAGGAUCGUUGACAGCUGCAGUGAGACGCGGGUAAAAGAUGGUGGUGGAACUUUAUCUGGACCUUUUCUCUCAGCCAUGUCGCUCCGUUUUUAUUUUUGCGAAGAAGAACAACAUCCCCUUCGAGUUCAAGAAGGUUUCCCUGAUGGACGGUGAACAUUUUGGAGAUGAAUUUGGGAAAAUCAGCAAGAUCAGAAAAGUUCCAGCACUUCGAGACGGAGACUUCUGCCUGGCUGAGAGCGUCGCCAUCAUGCUCUACCUGGCCGAGAAGUUCCAGACUCCGGACCGCUGGUUCCCGGCCGACCUGCGGCUGCGUUCCCGGGUCAACGAGUAUCUGUCCUGGCAGCACUCGGCCAUCCGGAUGCACGGCUCCAAGAUGCUCUGGAUGCGGCUCAUGAUUCCUAAGAUCAUGGGGAUCGACGUCCCGAAGGAGAAGAUGGACGGAGCGCUGGAGGACCUGAACGCCUCGCUGACCCUCAUCGAGGAGAACUUCCUCCAGGACCGGCCCUUCAUCGUGGGGGACCAGAUGUCUCUGGCCGACCUGGUGGCCAUCGUGGAGAUCAUGCAGCCGCUGGGCGCCGGGCUGGACGUGUUCGAGGGUCGACCGAAGCUGAGCGCCUGGCGGGACCGGGUGCAGGCCUCCAUCGGGAAGGAUCUGUUCGACGAGGCCCACCGGGGCAUCCUGGGGGCGCAGGACAGCAUGAAGCAGCUGGAUCCCAGCAAACUGGAGCUCUUCAAGCCAAAGAUCCUCCGGCUGUUCUUCUGAAAAACAGGAGGAUAAAACGGAUGUCGUAACAAAGCCUCAGCCUCCGUUUAACUUUUACUCUAAUGAUCCCGCUUACAUAAGGUUGACUAAGCUAAACGGACUGAUUGUGUAACCGAGGAGUGAAACGUGAUGCUUCUCUGAGAUUUGUGGAAUGUCGGUCAUUAGGCCAUCGGCUCAGUUCUGCUUCAUAACCUGUUUACUGAUUUAAUCUGUGCUAAUCCUGAACUUCCAAUAAACUUUAAGAAACAGUU